GACAUCGAAUGCAAUGAAAUCGUGCGCUACAAAAUUGACUAAAGCAGAAAAAAAGGCCCUAAGAAAGCAAACGAGACUAAUUAAUAGUCUUCGCAGAAAUAAUGCCGAUCUUGCAACAGUUUCAGAAUCGCCCACUCGUCAUCUGAUGGUUGGAAAUGGAGGGUUCAUGUGUGGCAUAGACCGAAGGCAAAUUUUCAGUUUGUUCCAGAAGUUUGGAAACAUAGAACGGCUUCUAAUGUUCCCUGGUAGAUCCUUCUCGUUUAUCACCUUUGAGCAUGUCAGUGAAUCAGUUAAGGCAAUGGAAAAAGUGCACGGGCGAGUUUUAGACUGUCCUUCGGAGUUUCCGAGACCCGACGUUAGAUUUUACUUGUCUUUUCUCACGAACGUACCCGAUAAUGUUUCCUUUGAAAAACAGGCCACACCAUCAGGUCUUGUGUUAGUGGAUGAUUUUGUGACGGAGGUAGAAGAGGCGCAGUUAAUUCAAGCGUUAGGAUGGAGAAGUGGAGGGAGGGAGAACGAGAUUCAAGGCACAGCAAACCAACAACUUCGUCACAGAAGAGUCAAACAUUUUGGGUAUGAGUUCCUGUAUGGAUCAAGUAAUGUCAACAAAUCAAAUCCUUUACCUGAUGGAAUUCCUAGUGUUUGUGAUGAACUGUUGGAUCGUGUUCAGGAGAAAGUUAUGUGGAAACCAGAUCAAAUGACAGUUAAUGAAUACAAACCUGGCCAUGGUAUUCCACCUCACAUUGACACUCACUCAGCUUUUGAGGAUGGAAUAGUUUCACUCAGCCUAGGAUCACAGGUCACAAUGGAAUUUCGUCAUCCGGAUGGUAGACACGUAUCAGUUGUUUUGCCGAGGAGGAGUUUACUUAUAAUGACCGGUGAAAGUAGAUAUCUUUGGAGUCAUGGUAUAACGCCACGAAAAUACGAUAUCAUACAUGAUGUUAAAAGCACGUCAAACGAGGGGACUGGUUACGAAGAAAACCCCAAGAAACCUGAAACAAAUAGCGCACAGGGCACCUCCAAUAUAACAGCCGAAGAGGGAAUGACUCUGUUUGAAAGAGAAACAAGGAUUUCGCUGACACUCCGCAAAGUCCGUCAAACUCCAUGUAACUGCGCCUUCCCAGCUCAGUGUGAUUCGCAAACUGGAAACAAGACUUCAGCUGCAAUCCCGCCUUCGUCCGAUGUUCCAACAACGAUUGGAGAAGCGCAAAAGCUGGAAAAGCUGCACGUGCAUGAAGUGUACGAGAAGAUUGCGCCACAUUUCAGUGGAACACGGCACAGCCCUUGGCCAAAAGUGGCUGAGUUUCUGCGAAAUCAACCAGUUGGGAGUCUGGUAGCUGAUGUAGGAUGUGGAAACGGCAAAUAUCUCGGGAUCAAUGAUAAUCUAUUCAAAACAGGUUCUGAUAGAAGUUUCAACCUGGCUUCCAUCUGCCGGGAGCGGGGAUAUUCUGUGAUUGUGUGUGAUAUCUUGUCAUUGCCAUACAGGUCUGAUGUGUUUGAUGUAACUCUCUGCAUCGCAGUUCUUCACCACCUCGCUACGGCCGAGCGACGUCUGGAAGGUCUGAAGGAACUGGUGCGAAUAACACGUCCAGGGGGACUGGUGCUCGUUUACGUAUGGGCUUUAGAACAGGAAGUGAAAAAGGUUAAAAAGAAACAGCUAAAGGAAGUGGAAUUCAGAGAACGUAAUGAUCACCACACCGGACAGGAAGACGUAAGCAACAAAAACGAGACUUCGGAAAAGAGCAAAGCGGUCGGAAACUUCUCCGCAAAUAACGAACCAUUCCCAAAUAAAUCCGAACCUUUAGAUGAUAAUUGUUCCACAAGAUUGAUGGUUAAUGCUAGUCGGGAAUCUUUUGAGCAACAAGAUUUGUUUGUGCCGUGGAAAUACAGCGGCUCUGGAAAACAACACGAGAAACAGGAAAAAGACACUGAAGAGUCAGGGGAAGGCACAGAUGGUCACGUGUACCACAGAUAUUAUCACGUGUUUCAAGAUGGCGAGCUCCGAGAACUUUGUAGCCGCCUCAGUAAAGUGACAGUGGAGGAGCAUUAUUACGACAGAGGGAAUUGGUGCGUGGUACUCAGGAAAAAGAAAUAAUGCCGGCAUGGGAGUGGGUGGGGAGAAUCUUAGCAACUGAUUAACUUGAUUAUGUUACCAUUUACCAU